ACGUGCCUUCAGCCAGCCUGGCCCGAGAAGCGGAGAUGGAGGUUCCCAAGAAGGAUGAUAUUCUUCUUUUGGCUGAUGAAAAGUUUGACUUUGAUCUCUCAUUGUCUUCUUCAAGUGCCAAUGAAGAUGAUGAAGUCUUUCUUGGACCUGUUGGCCAUAAAGAAAGAUGUAUUGCUGCCAGCUUAGAAUUAAAUCAUCACAUUCCUGAAGAACCUCCUUUGCCAGCAUCUGAAAGUCACUUCACUUGGAGUCCUCUGACUGGGGAAAAAUUUGUGGAAGUUUAUAAAGAAGCUCACUUACUGGCCUUACAGAUACAAAGCAACGGCAAAACCAGGGCGGCCCCAGCCUCCAAGCCCGAAGACCCUGGGAGCCAGGGAGUGGACGGAUUCAUACAGGAAUCAAAACUAAAAAUAAACCUCUUUGAGAGAGAAAAUGAAGUGAAGAAAAGCCCCAAGUCACUGAAGAGGGAGACGUACCACCUGUCGGACAGCCCCUCGAGGGGACCGCCGCCCUGGGGCACCCAGCCGCCCUCGGGCGCGGCCCUGCCGGCUGCUCCCGCCCAGGCGAGCCGCCCCCGGACGCCGGGGCCACCGCGCGCCUCGUGCUCUUCUUUGCCAGUGGAGCCAAGUGCUGCGCACCCUCCGUACCCGGCUGGCGCUCACAAGAAGGUCACCAGCAAACUGCUGCCGCCCCGAGCCUCGUCUCUUAGAGGAAAAAGCGUUCCCUCGGCCCUGCAGAAGCCCAUGAAAGAGAAACCAGCUAGUCCUUCCAGGAUGAAAAUCCUAAAUGAGAAGGAUUCCCACAGCAGCGUGCCCCCCGACAAGCCCCGUGCCGCCCGGGACGUCGCCAGCUUGCCAGCCGGUGGAAACCACAUGGUCCAAGGCAAGCGGUCGCUCCCUGUUCCAAACAAGUCUGGGCUGAAGAAAACCAUGUUAAAACCACCUGGAUGUGCUGGCAGUCUUGCAAGAAAGUCCUCCUCAGGGUCCGUCUUGGGAGUGAGUGCCAGCGUGUGUGCUUCUCCAGCGGCUGGCAAAGCUAAGCCAAGGGAACGUCCAAGCAUUCCUGCGGACAGUUUCCAGUCAAACAACAGCCAGCUGGGCAGAACGGGACUUGUCCUGCCGCGGCUGUGUCUGCAGCCGGGCCCUGCAGGCGUGUCCUGCAGGCAGAGCCAGAGGCCCGGAGUUGCUGAGUCGACAGCGGAGCAGCCCAGGGCGCCCACCAGAGCGGCUCUCACCCAACCCCAGACUCCAGGACAGGGAGACCCCGGGCUGAACUCUCAUCUCAGUUUGUCACAAUCUUCUCAAAUGAAUAAGACUGGGAGUACAAGAAGGCGCGAUUCCCGUCUGAAUUCCAAGACAAAGGUUAUGCCUUCCCCUACAAAUCACUUUAAAAUUCCUAAGUGUUCUACUGGUGAACCCCUGGACGGUGCAACACCAAAGUCCUAUCGGGCGCAGAGGCCACAGUCCUGCACGUCGGUGGAGAGGGUUGCUCACAGCACUCCUGCUAGAUGGUCCUCAGCAUCGCAGAGCCUCGCAAGCAGCGUGAGGACCCCUGUGAGCAUGGGGCGCAGGUCAGCCCUGCCCACGCCUGCCGGCCGUCGACUCUCCAGCCUGCCCCUGGCGACCCCUAAAACUAUGCCCAGGGCUCUGGCUUCUCCCCUGCGUGUGUCUGCUCGGCGACUUUCUUCUGAGCCCCAGAAGAAAUCUGCGGUGAGAACUGCACCAGUGAGAGAGGGUGACAGCAGGGCUGCCGCCGGGCCCUCAGACUGGUCCCCGGAUGGGAGCUUUCCUGCUGCGUCUGCUGUGCCGCAGGCACUUAACUUUUCUCCUGAAAAGAGUGAUUUCACUUUUUCAAAAAGUAUCACCACGGAAGUAGCACUGGAUGAAGCACAGCCACCUGAAGCUGCAACACCCAGUGAGGCUCUUCUCGUGGAUGUCAAACUGGAUCAACUUAGCAUCACCCUGCGGGCUGCAGCCACACCCCUGGGCGACCUCCCGCUCAUCGACUUCUGCAAGACUCCGGAGGCGAGCGUGGCUUUGGGGUCUGGAAGCGGGCCCCUGGUCGACCUCCUGACAAACACUCCAGAUGUCAACAGGAGGGCUGCGGCCAACGCCUGCCACGAGGUGGGACAGCUCAUAGACUUGGCUUCCCCUCUGAUCCUGCUGAGCCCCGAGGCUGACAAGGAAAACGUGGAGUCACCACUUCUCAAGUUCUGAGCGGAAUGAAAUCCUUUGCAUUUCACUCAAAGUUACAAGAACAGU